AUGGGCGGAAAGAGCGGAAAGAGUGCGAAAAAAGAUCUAACACUGUUGACAGACGACGAAAUCGAUAAAUUAACACACAAUACAACUUAUUCUGCUCAACAGAUUCAGAAAUUUUAUCCUGAAGGAAAAGCUGAAAAAUUUUGUACACAAGUUUUCAAAACAUUUGAUAGUGAUGGUAAUGAUUAUAUUGAUUUUGUUGAAUUUUUAAUUGCUGUAAAUAUUACUAGUCAUGGAGAUGUUAAAGAAAAACUUCGACUUGCUUUUGAAAUGUAUGAUAUGAAUAAAAACGGUGUGAAAAUGGGUAAUGAGAAAAGUAAAAAAUUUCAUGAUGAAUUAGAUGAUGCAACAAUUCAUCGUCUAACACAUAAUACAAAUUAUACACCGGAACAAAUAAGACAAUGGCAUCAAGCAUUUUUAAGAGAUUGUCCAUCAGGUAAAUUAUCCAGUCGACAAUUUACAGAAGUUUAUAAAAAAUUUUAUCCAGAACAUGAAGCAGAAAAAUAUUCAAAACAAGUAUUUCGUACAUUCGAUAUGGAUCAUAAUGGAUAUAUUGAUUUUAUUGAAUUUUUAUUAGCUGUUAAUAUUAAUUCGAAUGGUGAUGUUCGUGAUAAACUUGGUCUAGCAUUUGACAUUUAUGAUAUCAAUACAGAUGAAAAAAUUGAUAAAAAAGAAAUGACAAAAGUUAUAACAGCAAUCUACGAUUUAUUAGGUGAAGACAAUCGUAAAGGUGAAAAUAGUCCGGAUAAUCGUGUGAAAAAAAUAAUGGAGAAACUUGAUAUUAAUGAUGAUAAAAAAAUUACACGUGAUGAAUUUGUUGAAGGUUGUCUAAGAGAUGAUAUUCUUAGGCAAUUGCUUGCACCAAAUGUUUAA